AGCCUAUUUGAUCAGUUAACUAGUACACUAGAACGAAACGUGGCCAUUCGAAAAACAAAAGUGAGCGAAAGGAGUCGAGCCAGGGAAAUCGUGAAAUGGUUGUCAAAAUGGCUGAAUUGAUAGCUUUAUGGUCGUUGCUCCUGCUUCAUGCCAUCCUUGGGUCAGCAUUGUCCAACCAGACAAUUGACCUGGCUCUGGAGAAUGACUUUGACUACUACGACUUCAACGAUGUGGAGAUGCUCACCGAUCAAGACUUGGAAGUCCCGGAUCCAACUGAAAUCAAGGACUUGGUUGCUUCGACACCGGCCCCGAUUGAGAUUGAUUACGAUGACUAUGAGGCUAGUUCUCAUGAGAUCCUCUUUCAAGUCGAUGAAACUCCGCGUGACCAUCUGAACAUUCAAAAUUUCCUCACUCAAUCUUCCGUUGAGAUGUUGAAAAGUGUCUCGAACGAUGUUCUUACCGACUACUCCAAGCACGAGGCCAUAUUUGAAGUUCUGCCCACCCUUUCUUUGGCGAAGCUGCAAAUCUUGCUUGAUCGACUCCCUGCUAAUGUGAGUGCUGAUAUUGCCGCUCGAGAGGGAUUGUUAGCCAAAAUGUCGGAUGAGCGGGUCGUGCUCUUUGCCAGUAAUAUCGACGUUCUUAAUAAGACCAGUUCCCCGAUCCUCUUGCAAUUGGCCAAUAAGAGGCCCAACAUUGUCCCUCAAUUGCCCAAUGAAGCCCUGCGUUACAUCAUUAGCCGGCCAUUUUUUGUUAAGUCCCUGGAACAGGAAACCAUCCAAAUCUUGGUACAUUCAGCAGCCAUGGCUGAGAAGUUGAAACACAUGCCCAAGGAAGUGGUUGCCAUGAUCGUCACUUACCACCCGGUCAUUCUUACUUGGCUGCCCAAAGGAUAUUACCCGUUGAAGUCCGUCGUGAUGGAGCUCAUGCAAAACAAAUCCUUCUUGGCCCUUAUUCCUGUCGAAGUACACGCAUUCUUGGCGGAAACCAAGUUUCGAUAUCAACUCAAUCCUCGAACAGUUCUCACAAUCCUCAACAUCUACCCGAAUCUUCCAACGCAGCUGAGUCCUAAAGGCUUGGAGUUUAACCGGAUCUAUCUUCAAGACCAGAAGUUCUUGACCAAACUCAAAUGUUCGGUCUUUCUCAACUGCGCCAAUAACGUGGACUUCAUCAAUCGAUUGAACCAGGAAGAUAUUCGAGCCUUGGCACAGAAUCGACACAUGUGGAAGUGCUUGCCGGUGAGCUUGAUCCGUAAACUGAUGAAAGAGAGCAAGUUGGGAACGAAUCUGGACGUGAAGGAGGUCUUCACAGCAGCCACCACAAUGUCUCGAGCUAAGAGCUUAGAUUGGGGCGUGGUGUCUAAUCUAAUGAAAUUUCAAGUGCCGGAUAUGGCUCGAAAUUUUCUGUUUAGAGAAAAGUUCUUGUUUUGACAUUUUUUAUUCCAUCAUGUAAUUUGAAACGACCGUUGUUACAAAAGAAUUGACGAAUGGAGGUGUAGUGACGGAAAAAGUAGUGUCGCUGUUGGUGUAAUUUAAAUUGAGUUUGUUCGCUUCGUUGAAUGUUUUUUUUACUUAACAUUUGAUACGUCUUUGCACAUUUAUUCCUGGAUUUAUUCUCAAAUUCAUACUCGUGUGUUCUGCUGGACUCUCUCUGAAGGUUUUUGUGAAAUAUAUAAAUCUGGUCAAGUUGGAAA